AUGGAUCUCCUCUCCUCAAUCCGCAAGGAGGGAUCGCGGGGUGGAGUCAACUUUUCCUGGGACGAUGUGCAGACCUCACAGCACCGCGAGAACUACCUUGGUCACUCUAUCAUGGCACCCGUCGGACGAUGGCAAAAGGGCAAAGAUCUAAGCUGGUAUGCCAAAGGCGACGACAAGAAGGGCGAGAACGGAGAGACGGCGGAGGAGAGGAAAACGAGGGAGAGGAAGGAAGAGAUCAAGCGGAUCAAGGAGGCCGAGGAAGACGCUCUCGCCAGGGCUCUGGGCCUACCCGUUGCAGAUAGAAAUGUUACGGGGAGCAAUGCGAUUAGUGUUGGGGAGGUCAACCGAGCUGUGAAGGAGGCAGGCGUAGGAGAGGAAGGCGACACGGAGGGGAAAGGGGCUGGAUUUGGUGGAUUUGUUGGAAUGGCAGAUGGGGGGGACCGAAUGGAAGGCGACUUCAGGGGCCCGAACGACGGAGGGCUGACCAGGAAGGACGCAGAGAAGGAACGCAGAGGGGACGAUGGUAGAAGAAGGGAGGGGAGGAGUCGCAGUCGGGAGAGAGGACAUAGACAUCGAAACCGAUCUCGAGAUGGCGAGAGAAGGAGACAUCGAUCAAGGAGCGGCGACAGGCACAGAAAGCGUCGGCAUAAUGGGGAGCGAGAGGAAAGGAGACCUAGAAGUCGCAGCUUUGAUAGGAAAGAGCGAAGACAUCGAGACAGAAGCCCGGAAAGAGGGCGGCCAAGGCCUGAACGAGGAGAACGAAGUGGUCGGGAAAGGCCCAGAAGAAGCCGGUCACCAGAACGACGCAGAAGCCGAUCACCGCGGAGGGAGUACAGAGGGAGAAGGGGAGAGUGA